UCGGAAAGGCUUGUAGUUAAGCAAGGCAAAGAUGCCGACGUGGCCGACUUCCUCGGUUGCUCGGGUGAAAGUGCCUGCAUCUGGGGUCGUUCAACAAUACCUGGAGGCCGGAUUGACAGAGGCCUUGCUCGGGCCCCCCUGCGUCAUGGCAACUGGGCGCAAGGGCUUAAAGCAUACAGCUGUACACAUUCUCAGACCGUAUGGUUCCUUUCUCAUCACCACUUCGCACCACCCUCCGCCAGCCAUCUGGUCAUUGUUUCACGCCAACCAACCAACCAGCCGACCAACCAACGCACUAACUACAAGCCACCUGUCGAAUGUUACCUAUUUUACUCAACUCAUCCUUGCGUCUCGGCCGAAUCUUUCGUCUCCGUCCACACGGCCGGCCUCCUUCCUCUCCUCCUUCCCCACUCGAUCGCCUCUCGGCCUGGCCGCACUCUUCUCGUCUUCCCUCCCUCCCACGCUAUACCCUUCUGUCCUCGUGGUUCUCACCCGCUACAAGCCUCCGCCAACUUACAGGCCAAUUUUCCUUCGAUCCUCGGUUAAUAUAAUGUAG